CUUCUGACUGAGGAGGGCCUGGCCUGCGUCUUCCCAUUCACUUCCUGUUCCCCCCACAGCCCACAGCUGCUCUUUCAGGGCAGUUCUGGAGCUGAGCUUUCUCAUCCCAGUUUGCUGAGAAAGAGAAGCCAUGUCCUUUCUCUGUUCCUACGCUGUGGACACUUUCCUCUACCUCUUCCCCUCAAGGUCCGCAGAAGCCUACGAUGUGUCGGCCCCAAAAGGAAAAACAAAGAAUUCACAUGAGCACACGGCCCCAGGAGACAGAAAACACCGCCAUUCCUCUUGCCCCGCAGCUGACAGAGUGCCAGAGGAAGAAGAACACGAACAGACUCUCGAGGACAAUCCUGCAGGAGUGCUGUGUCAGGAUCCUAGACGAGACAUUCUAGGAGGCCUCGGGGAGGACCCACGGAGCCCGCGGACACUGAGGCUGCUCCUGGUGGGCAAAACGGGCAGCGGGAAAAGCGCCACCGGAAACAGCAUCCUGGGCCGGAGAGAGUUCGAGUCUAAACUCAGCCCUCGACCGGUCACCCUGACCCUCCAGCGGGGCAGCCGCGACUGGGCCGGGCGGAAGCUCGAGGUGAUCGACACCCCCGACAUCCUGUCCCCGCGGGCCGGGCCGGAGGCGGCGACAAGGGCCAUCUGCGAGGCGGUGGCCUUCUCGGCGCCCGGGCCGCACGCCCUGCUGCUGGUGACGCAGCUGGGCCGCUUCACCAGCGACGACCGGCGGGCCGUGCGGCGCCUGCAGGAGGCCUUCGGGGUGGGCGUCCUGGCGCACACGGUGCUGGUGUUCACGCGCAAGGAGGACCUGGAGGGCGGCUCCCUGGACGAGUACGUGCGGGCCACCGACAACCAGCACCUGGCCCAGCUGGACGCGCUGUGCGCGCGGCGCCACUGCGCCUUCGACAACGCGGCGGCCGGCGCCCGGCAGGAGGCGCAGCUGCGGGAGCUGCUGCAGCUGGUGGACGGCGUCCUGUGGGAAAACGAGGGCCGCUCCUACCGGUACCCGGCCUACCGGGACUCCCAGCAGCGCGACCUGCUGCGGGCCGCGCGGGAGACGCCGAUCAGCCGCGGGCAGGGCUCCGAAGGGGCGCCCCUCCAGGAGCCCCUGCUGGAGGGACUGUGCCGGUUGCAGAAGGAAUUCGAGAAGGCUCACAGACAGCUGCUCAAGAGCGCGCCCAUCUGAGCUUACGCUGGACCGCGGCCCCUGGAGCCGGCUGCCAGCCCCGUCCCCUGCUCUCUCCAUCCCCGGGGGUCGCUGGCCACCCCAGGCUCCUGGGGGGUGUCUGAUGCGCCGAGAGGCGGGUGCGUUCCCCAGUUCCCCGCUCGCACCCCGGGGCCCUCAUCCGCCCUUCCAGGCAACCUGCAAAGGAAGCAGUUGGAUGACUUAAACACUGCAGGGAGUAGCCUGCCGGCUGGAGGGGGGAGACCUCUGCAACACGGGGGUGUCCUUUUGGAGGGCUGCUCCUACAGACAGGGUCCCUCAGAAGCCACCUGCGAUUGGGGAGGACGGCAGGAUUUCGGGGGGGUGUCUGGCUCUGGCCACCUGACUGCAUAAGGACAUGGAGGCGCCUCAGGGGCCCCUCAGCUUCUUCGAGGUUCUAGGGGCUUCUGGGGAGUCUGACCAACUGAUGGAAACCGAAUAGGAGCAGACCGGGGCAAAAUGCCUCCCAAUAUGCUCCUCUUUUCCUUUCCUGCAGCUGUGGGGCCGAGGGCCUCCAGCUACCUUCUUCCGGGAGAGGUGGGAACUGGAGGUGGGGGAGACAGUGCGGGAGGGCAAUCCGAAAUCAGAAGACACGGCCUCAGGUCUGUCUGGACACCUGCCCUCUGGUUGGAGAUUCUCUACAAUCCAUGACACCCACCUUCCCCAGACUCAAUGGACUCCUAAGAAAGCUGGAGCAUUUCUUCUGCUGGGAGGUUCAGAAAAGGGUCUCAAGGCACCACAGAGACUUAUUUUGAGUGUAUACUUAGGAUAGUCCUUGUGGGGGCGCCUGGGGGGG